AUGUUUUUCUAUACCAUUUCUUCAUACCCCUUUUCUUUUCCAUCUUUUCCUCUCUUUUGUUUUCAGUUAUUCAUUCUGAUUCUUUUUCCAUUCUUUCCACCACUUUGUUUUUCCUUAUAUCCUUAUUUCCAUCAUUCCCUCUUCCCCUGUUUUCCAUCAUUCUCUCCCUUUUUCUUUUCUAUCCUUUUCUCCCCUUUGUCUUUCCAUCUUUUCCUCAACUUCCCUUUGUUUUUCAAUCUUCUCUUUUCCCUUGUUUUCCAUCCUUUUUUUCUUUGUUUUUCCUUCUUUUCUCCCGUUUCUUUUCCAUCUUUUUCCCCUUUGUUGCAUAUGCUUUCCUUCCCUUUGCUUUUAAAUCCUUCCUUUUCUCUUUCUUUCUCAUAUUUUUUCUCUUUUCUUUUCCAUCCUUUCUUCCUCUUUGUUUUUCUAUCCUUUCUUCCUCUUUGUUUUUCUAUCCUUUCCCCGCCCUUUGUUUUUCUAUCCUUUCUUCCUCUUUGUUUUUCUAUCCUUUCUUCCUCUUUGUUUUUCUAUCCUUUCCCCGCCCUUUGUUUUUCUAUCCUUUCUUCCUCUUUGUUUUUCUAUCCUUUCUCCGCCUUUUGUUUCCCCGUCCUUUCCGUACCUUUGUUUUUUACAUUCUUUCAUGCCUUUUGUGUUUCGAACCUCUCCUUCCCGUUUCUUUCUCAUCCUUUCCUCCCUUUUGUUUUCCAUCUUUACCUCAACUUCCUUUGGUUUUCCAUCUUCUCCUUUCCCUUGUUUUCCAUCCUUUCUUUUCCUUUGUUUUCUCUCCUUUCCUCCCGUUUCUUUUCCAUCGUUUCUUCCCCGUUGAUGCAUAUGCUUUCCUUACCUUUGCAUUUACAUCCUUCCCUUCCCUUUCUUUCUCAUAUUUUUUUCUCUUUUCUUUUCCAUCCUUUCUUCCUCUUUGUUUUUCCAUCCUUUCUUCCUCUUUGUUUUUCCACCCUUUCUUCCUCUUUGUUUCUCCGUCCUUUCUGUACCUUUGUUUUUUACAUCCUUUCAUGCCCUUUGUGUUUCGCACCUCUUCUACCCGUUUCUUUCUCACCCUUUCUUCCACUUAGAUUUCUAACAUUUCCUUCCCUUUGCUUUUCCAUCCUUUACUCCCAUUUGUUAUCAUUUCAUUCCUUCACUUUACUUUGUAUCAUUCUUCUCCUUUGUUUACCAUCCUUUCCUCCACAUUGUUCUCCAUCUUUUCCUUCCUUUUGCUUUCCACCCUUUCCUUCUCUUUGUUUUUCAUUCUUUCCUCUACUUUUUAUUCCUCCCUUCCUCCUCUUGUGGUUUCCAUCCUUUCCUUCUCUUUGUUUUUCAUCCUUUCCUCCACAUUGUUCUCCAUCUUUUCCUUCCUUUUGCUUUCCAUCCUUUCCUUCUCUUUGUUUUUCAUCCUUUCCUCCACUUUUUAUUCCUCCCUUCCUCCUCUUGUGGUUUCCGUCCUUUCCUUCUCUUUGUUUUCCAUCUUUUUCUGGGCUUCUUUUUUCAUCUUUUCCUCCUCUUUCUAUUUCAUCCUUUCCGCCAAUUUGUAUUAAAUCCUCUCUUCCAUAUUGCUUUCUAUUCUUCCCUUCCCUUUGCUUUUCCUCCUUCCCUCCCAUUUAUUUUACAUUCUUUCCAUCUCUUUGUUUUCUAUCCUUUCCUUCCCUUUGUUUAAACAGCUUUUUCUCUCCUUUCUUUUCCAUCCUCUCCUAUACGUUGUUUCUCAUUCCUUCCUCCCCUUUCUUUUCCAUCAUUUCCUUUAUUUUGCAUUUCCCCCAUCUUUCUGUUUCUUCCUUACAUUUUCUUUCUAUUAUUUCCUCACUUUUGCUUCCAAUUUCUCAAUAUUUAUUUAUUCAUAACCAUUUGUUUUUCAUUAUUUAUCACCAUUUUUUGUCAUUCUUUUCGUUAUCGUCUUCCCUUUGUCUUCCAUGCUUUUCUUUUUCUCUUUUCCAUCCUCUCAUUCCGAUUCAUCCAUUCCUCCCCUUUCUUUUUCAUUCUUUCCUCUUUUUUUGCAGUCUUUUUCUCUUUCUUUUCCAGUCUUUCCUCCCCUUUGCUUUCACUUAUUUCCUCACCUUUGUUAUUCAUAAUUAUUUCUUCCACCUCCUUUGUUUAUUCUUUUCCUUCUCUCCCUUUGUUUUCCAUCCUUUCCUUUGUUUGACCUGUUUUCCUUCUAUUUUCAUUCCCAUUUCAUUCCUAUUAUGUCGUCACCCUUGUUUUAUACUUCUCUCUUUCUUUUUUCUCUUUCUCAUUACAUUUCCGCUUUUUCUCUUUUCGGUCUCCUUUUCUCUUUUUCUUUUCCUUGUUUUUUUUUACUUAAAUGAUUCUCAUCUCGCUUCUUUUCUUUAUCACCUUUCUCUUUGCCAAAUUACUUAA